UCAUUCUGGUGACUGACGUUAAUACAGAAGUUAAGGAAACUCGUCAUUUAAGGGGCACGACUGGUAGAAGAAAUCAAUUGUGAUAAUUCUCAGCACAUUUAACUCCUAUUAAAGUACUGACAGGCCAUCAAUGACGGGUACCCACGGUUUACCAUUACCAGUGCAAAUGGCACAUGCUCCAAUGGUAGUUCCUCAAUUACUCGGUAGAUGUCGCGCGUAGUCAACCUCAGAGAUCGGACAGCUGGUCGUGUCAAACCUCGGCAGGGGGUUAGAAACCAAAGUUUCGCUGAGAAUACCGCAUCUUCGCAGCCUCCUGUGAUCCAUUUUUUCGAAGAGAACGAAAAGUAAGCAGGCAAGAUGGCGUUCGCAGGGCUGAAGAAGCAGAUCAACAAGGCGAAUCAGUACAUGACCGAAAAGAUGGGCGGCGCCGAGGGAACGAAGCUAGACGUGGAUUUCGUGGACAUGGAGAGGAAAACGGACGUUACCUGCGAGCUCGUAGAGGAGCUUCAGCUGAAGACGAAGGAGUUUCUGCAACCCAACCCUACGGCGAGAGCCAAGAUGGCCGCUGUGAAAGGAAUCAGCAAACUCAGCGGCCAAGCCAAAGCUUCCAGUUAUCCUCAGCCUGAAGGCGUACUCGGAGACUGCAUGCUCACCUAUGGCAAGAAACUGGGAGAAGACAGUGUCUUCGGUCAAGCCCUCAUCGAGAUGGGCGACGCCAUGAAACAGAUGGCCGAUGUUAAGUAUUCCCUGGACGACAACAUCAAGCAGAACUUUUUGGAGCCCCUGCACCAUCUGCAGACCAAGGACCUCAAGGAAGUUAUGCACCAUCGGAAGAAACUUCAGGGUCGGAGGCUGGACUUCGACUGCAAGAGGAGAAAACAGGCGAAAGGUUCUCACGUUUCAGACGAAGAGAUUCGUCAGGCCGAGGAGAAGUUCGCGGAGAGUCUGCAUCUCGCGCAGAUGGGAAUGUUCAAUCUGCUGGAGAACGACGUGGAACAGGUGGCCCAGCUUGCGACCUUCAGCGAAGCCUUGCUCGAGUACCAUCAGCAGUGCAUCGAGGUUCUCAGAGUCCUCACCGAGACCCUCCUGGAAAAGAAAGACGAGGCGGCAAACCGACCCAAGAUGGAAUUCGUGCCGAAGACGUUGGCCGAUCUGCACGUCGAAGGGAUCGCCCCAGCGGACGCCAUGAACGGUGGGAACUUCUCUCUUCACGGGGCAAGUCGAGCCGGGUCUCCGGUCCACGCGGACGGAAAGCGCUCGCAACUCGAACUGUUUCCGGCCGCAAACCCGCCGCAAUCUACCAAUGCAUCUCCCUUGCCGUCUCCCAGCAAAUCGCCAGCAAGAACGCCGAUGUCGAGGCAACCCUGUUGCACAGCUCUCUACGAUUUCGAGCCGGAGAAUCCAGGGGAACUCGGAUUCAAGGAGAACGAUACGAUCACGCUGAUUCAGAAGAUCGACGAAAACUGGUACGAGGGGAGUCUGAACGGACGCACGGGUUACUUCCCCGUAACCUACGUGCAGGUGGUGGUACCACUGCCAUAAAACGGCACUACGUACCCUGUCGCCAAAGACACCCUGCAUUCGUUCAUUCGUGUCUGUCACCAAACAAACCUAUAAUCUUACAAUUAGCCUAA